AUGCAAUCAUUUCUAAACAGCUCCCCUAUUGCGAAAAUCUCACUAAAACAAUUCAGAGUUGAAUACACAACAACACAAUACGAUUUUUCUUACCCGACAUUUACAGACAAUCCUCCAACAGUUCCAUGUUACAAUAUAUACAUUACAGAGUCAGAUGUUGCGCUGACAAAAUGCCCAAAGAAAGACGGAAAAUUUUGGUCAUCUUCGGAAGAUGCGCAAGCACUUUUUUUCAAAAUGAUUUACCUUUCUCUUGAGCUUAACUCUCCAAAGGACGUCGAUUCGAAAAGCGUUAUGUUGGUUGAGACAAAGCCUUUUUCCAAAAAGAUUUUGGAAAUUAUAUUUAAGUCCAAAGAUAAUAAGUCGAUUUUUCUCCAAAAGUUUCAAGAAUAUUUGACAUCAACUAAUGCACAAAAAGUCUUUCUGUGUCCACUUUACGACUAUCACAUCAAAACACAUCAUCUUUUUCCUCCUUUUGUCAAAACUUGUUUAGAUGUUUUGAGUACUACCGAGGCACCUUUUUAUCUGGAAACAGAAAGUAAUGAAUUGUUCGACACUAUUAAUGCUAUUAACAACAACUCACUGAAAACUCCCCCGUCGUUUUCACUGUCUUUCCAAUUACUAAAAUACUACUUUAGAGCACUUCCAUCUCCUUUAAUACAACAAACACAGGACUUAUUCGACGUUCUCAAACACGAACAAUCAGAACAAAUACAAGAACUCAAAAUUUACUUCUCCUCAAUAGAGAAAGAGGUUUGCGCGCUGCUUGCUGCAUUUUUCCAGUCACUCAAUACACUAUCGGAAAACUCAGUGAACCACACAACACAAUCUCUCUCUUCAUAUUUUACUCUUGCGCUUUCAUGGGACACAAUUAAACCUACAGACAAACGAAUGUUUGAUGUUGUCCAGUUGAUGAUCAAAGAAAGUAAACAUAUAUUCCCCACACUCUGA